ACCUCCGCAGUCGCUCGCAUCGAGUAUACCCCCGGAGUAUGUCUGAAACGACUGGGAACUGGACCUCACGUACACCACCACCGGGGAGUAGUCGUGCAGCAGCAUCUCAUAGAGUAUUAUAUAUUCUUUACUACCUUUUCGGACACCGGUAGUAUAGUACCAUUUUUACGCCAAUCCAGUUCUGGUUCGCAUACUAGCCCAGAUAUGAGGGCAGUUAGUAUAAUGGCACUGGCUUUAAAACUACUGUCGUUUUAUGGCUCUCUAGAAAGUGUGAGACCUAGUCUCUUAGAAAAGGGUUUCGUGUCGGCCCACGAAAAACGCUUUCUAAAGCCAAUCAUUGAUGAACUACUUGGCCUAAAUCACCAAGCACCCAUUGCCCCAGCUCAAUUAAACGUGGACCUGGCUCAACUGAUCAGGGACGAUUGCAAACACCCCAUUGCCGCUAAUUACAGACAAACUAUGAAGUCAUUGAAUGUCGAUUUGAAAGAGUUUAUGAUUUAUGACCCCCAGGUCGGGGGUCACCCGGAGGUUAAGCUUGCAUAUACGCCGUUUGUCACCACCAAUGUAACCAUUUACAAACACGCUGCCUGUACCGGUAGGGUUUCAGGGUUGUUUUUGAACGCCACGUUCCCCAUUGGCGUAUCGUGUAAUGGCUACCAUUACAUGCAAACCCCGUUCAUGUACAUUGCUGAAAUUAAUGGUCAACAGCAGCCAGUACCGUUGGCUAAUAUGAGCUUGAUCAUGUCUAUGAUUAAUGGUAAUAUCAUGGAGGUGACCAUGGGCACAAUUGUAGAUGGUGUUUGCGCUGUUAAUACGUAUAUCCCGACCGAUGCAAACGCAUGUUCAUCAGGGACACUCAAAUCAUUGAAUGUGACCCAGAUGCAAGCUACAAUCACUGUUAGUAAU